AUGGCAGACACAUCCGAGGAAACACAACUUUCAGGACCCUCCGUCCUCAAUACCAUCACUAUAGGGGGCACUCAACCGGGUACUCCCAAAUAUGAUCUUGGCAAGGUCGUUCUAGCCUUGGAACUGAUUGUUCAAUACAAAGAUCAGGUUUCAUCAUCGCCAGUAUCACAUCCGCUCCCUAGCAUGAUAAAGUAUAGAGAAUCGUCAUAUCGUAAGGAAGCUGACACCGUGCGCGAAGAGUUACGUACACUUGGCAUAACACUGCCAGAUUCUUGGGGCCUUUCUCCGGCUAGAGAUGUCGUUGCAACCGUGUCUGCUGCUCGAAGGUGCGUCGCUGCGUUUGUGUCACGCUACCAAGAGACCUCUAUCACGAAUUACAAUCCCGUCAAAUAUGCCAGUCAUCUCCAGCUGUUCGACAAAGCACGGAGAAAUUGUCUAAGCUUGCUUGACGAAGCCGAUUACACAGACUGCGAGUUAUUUGGAGUCAGUGACAAUGUGAAAGCUGUGAGAGGAGAGCCGUAG